GGAAGCUGGAAGUUUCUCAACAGGGCGACAGUUGCUCACUAGGAACCUACGAGUUGUGGAGAAGAACCCGAGCGGAGGCGGACUGUAUUAAUUGUUUUAGUGUUUAUUAUUGUCAAGAGGAAGUCGUCUUUGUUCUCUUCAGGUCGUAAAAGCAGAAGAACGAGCAGGGCGAAAAGUCGUCCCAGAUCAGUUUCUACCAUGCUAGCCUCCAGCCUGCUGGCUAACUACCGCACCGAGCUCCACGACGACCAGGCGCUAAAGGUGGAUAAAUACCUGCAUCAUCUUCAGCUGUCAGAUGAGACUUUGAUGGAUUUGUCAAUACGAUUUCGACGAGAGAUGGACAAAGGCUUGUGUAGAGACACCAACCCCACAGCUGCUGUCAAGAUGCUGCCCACAUUUGUGCGCUCAACCCCUGAUGGAACAGAACAAGGUGAAUUCCUGUCCCUUGACCUUGGUGGAUCCAACUUCCGAGUGCUCUUGGUCAAUGUCAUGGCUGAUGAACAAAAGGUGGAGAUGGAAAAUCAAAUUUAUGCCAUCCCUGAACACCUCAUGAGAGGCAACGGGUCUGAGUUAUUUGAUCACAUAGCUGAAUGUCUGUCUAAUUUCAUGGAAAAGAUGGGCAUAAAGGAUAAAAAGCUUCCUCUGGGCUUCACCUUCUCUUUUCCCUGUCAGCAGACCAAGUUGGAUGAGAGUGUUUUGAUGUCUUGGACCAAAGGCUUCAAGUCCAGUGGAGUGGAGGGAAAAGAUGUGGUCAGCCUUCUGAGGAAAUCCAUCAAAAAACGAGGGGACUUUGACAUUGACAUCGUGGCUGUGGUUAAUGACACAGUGGGAACCAUGAUGACCUGUGGCUACGAGGACCAUCACUGUGAAAUUGGCCUCAUUGUAGGAACGGGGACCAAUGCCUGCUACAUGGAACAGAUGAGGAACCUUGAUGUGCUGGAUGGUGAUGAGGGGCGGAUGUGUGUUAAUACAGAGUGGGGUGCUUUUGGAGAUGAUGGUUCCUUGGAGGACCUGCGCACUGACAUUGACCGAGAAAUCGAUGCAGGCUCUCUGAACCCUGGGAAACAGCUGUUUGAGAAGAUGAUCAGUGGCAUGUACAUGGGAGAACUGGUCCGUCUCAUCAUGGUGAGGAUGGCCAAAGAGAAGCUGCUGUUCCAGGGCAAGACUUCAAAAGAGCUCCUCACCACCGGAAGCUUCAACACCAGAUACAUCUAUACCAUUGACACCGACAAAGAUGAGGAAGGCCUGACAAGUGCUGAGGAGGUGCUUCGGAGCAUGGGACUGGACCCAUCGGUCGAGGACUGCAUCGCCACUCAGAGGGUGUGUCAGAUAGUGUCGACACGGGCCGCACACUUGUGUGCUGCCUCGCUAGCAGCACUGCUGCGGCAAAUCCGGGAUAACAAAGCGGCUGAGAAGCUGCGUACUACUAUUGGAGCAGAUGGCUCUGUUUACAAGAACCAUCAAGAGUUUUCCAGGAGGCUCAACAAGAUGGUGCGAAGACUUGUGCCAGACUGUGAUGUGCGUUUUUUGCAGUCACAGGAUGGCAGUGGGAAGGGUGCUGCCAUGGUAACAGCAGUAGCUUACCGUCUUGCUGCUCAACAUGCGGAGCGUCAGCGGGUCCUCGACACCUUACGUUUGAGCCGUGAACAGUUGCUGGAGGUGAAGAAACGCAUGAGUGAGGAGAUGGUGCGAGGCCUGUCGAAACAAAACCAUGAGCAGGGAAGCGUCAAGAUGCUUCCCACAUAUGUCAGAUCAACACCAGAUGGAACCGAGCAUGGAGACUUCUUGGCUUUGGACCUCGGAGGUUCAAGCUUUCGGGUGCUGCUGGUGCGAAUGCAAAGUGGAAAGAGACACAAUGUGGACAUGCACCACAAGAUCUACAGUAUCCCACAGGAGACCAUGCAAGGCACAGGGGAAGAGCUUUUCAGCCACAUUGUGAAGUGCAUCGCUGACUUUCUUGAGUACAUGGGCAUGAGAGGAGCAUCCCUACCUCUGGGAUUUACAUUCUCUUUCCCUUGCAAUCAAAGCAAACUGGAUGAGGGCAUUCUUUUGAGGUGGACAAAGGGCUUCAAAGCCAGUGGCUGUGUGGGACAAGAUGUUGUUAUGUUACUUAAAGACGCUGUCCGCAGACAACAGGAAUUUGACUUGAACUUUGUGGCGGUUGUUAAUGACACAGUGGGAACCAUGAUGACCUGUGGCUAUGAAGACCCCAAAUGUGAGGUUGGACUCAUCGUAGGAACAGGCACCAACACCUGCUACAUGGAGGAAAUGCACAACAUUGAAUUGGUGGAUGGUGAUGUAGGUCGUAUGUGUGUCAACGUGGAGUGGGGAGCAUUUGGUGACAAUGGUGAACUUGAUGACUUCUGCACCCAGUUUGAUCAUAUUGUCGACGAGUGCUCCAACAUCCCGGGUACACAGAGGUAUGAGAAGAUGAUCAGUGGCAUGUACCUGGGGGAGAUAGUGAGAAACGUGUUGAUGGAUUUUACUGAGAAGGGUCUGUUGUUCAGAGGCCAACUGUCUGAGCGACUCAAGACCCGGGGCAUCUUCGAGACAAAGUUCCUGUCACAGAUUGAAAGAGACCGUCUGGCAAUGCGACAGGUCCGGUCAAUUCUGCAGCACCUGGGUCUCACCAGCUCCACGUGUGACGACAGCGUUGUGGUGAAGGAGGUGUGUAGUGUGGUGGCGCGGCGUGCGGCUCAACUCUGCGGUGCUGGUUUAGCCGCUGUGGUCGACAAGAUACGACAGAACCGCAACUUGAAUCAGCUCGACAUCACCGUGGGAGUGGAUGGCACCCUUUAUAAGACACACCCUCAUUUCUCCAGUGUCAUGCAAGAAACGUUGCAGGAUUUGGCGCCGCAGUGUCAGGUGACUUUCCACAAGUCAGAGGACGGAAGCGGGAAGGGAGCAGCGCUGAUCACAGCUGUGGCCUGCAGGGUCAACAAUGAAGGUCACCAUUAAAUCACCAAGACGUUAGUGGUCUGGUGGAAUUGUACUGCGACGGUUUUCUGUGCUGAAUAGUUACAUUCAUACAAAACUAGAGUUUUCUUCUGUUGUUCCUUAAUGUUUCCUUUGAAUGUAUUUGAUUGAUUGUGUGUGGGGGUUCACAUGCAUCUGUGAGAAAAUGCUUGAACAUAUUUAUUGUGUGGAGGUCAGCUGAUGUUAGACAAAUGGCACCUUCUAUUAAACAUGUCUGUUACAGUCUGAUCUUUCCUCUUCUUGUUUCUGACCUCUGUGACCUGUGUUGACGCACUUGUAAUAAACAUUACAAGUGCUUCUUUAUGAAAAGAAAAAGAACAGAAAAUACAAAAAAGCUCUGCUGCUGCAGUGACAACAGAAAAACUUUUCAGAGGAGACUGUCUUUUUCCUCUUGACACAGGUUCAGGGACAAUCACUGUGGAACAACUUUCACUAACACACUAGUGCGAGCAUAUGGAACAGAGAGACCUUAUCAGAAGUCCUGCAGGCUUAAUCUGAGAGAAAGAUGUUUAUGUAGUGUGAUUUCUUUUUAAUUAAAUUUUUCUGUAUUUAAAAUAUAACUUAUGCAUCUUUGUACUGAGCUGAGAAAUGUGGACAUGUGAUGCAUCCAUUGUAUCCAGUAGAGAGAAACAUUAAACAAACAUUAAGUCACUGA